AUGGAGCUGCAGGAAAUGUUUCGUUACGGAUACAUGUACCCGCCGAGAGAAGACGAAGUUGUAUCUUGCACAUAUCUGGAUUUACCGAGUUACUCUUAUUCAAAGAACAAAGCCGAUCUUCCGCCGGUAAGCACUAUCACGAUACCACGGUGCAUCGUUUACGACGGGAAUUGCAGCGAUGGUUGGCACACACCGAGCCCAACAGCGAGCUUGAGAUCAAUCAGUCCAGCUACAACCCUGUCGAUAUCGUCCGAGCCUGAUACAAUAAGUGCCCCGGUAACCUAUCGUUUGCUGGGCACCACCAAGGAAUUAAACAAGAGGCGUAACACGAAGAGAAGCCCGAUUAAUAGCGAGGUAAGGCAACACACGAUGAACGUGGUAGAUCUAACAGACGAGGUAAACAGCAUGGACGCGGAUACCGACGGAACGCUGGACGCAGAAGCUGAAAUGGAGCACGAGAAGACACAGUCGUCACGCGGCAGUGUUAUCAGCAAUCUUUCCAGCAGCUAUUCGGACAGAAUCGUGGACGGUGACAGCGAAGACGACGGUGAGAUGAGUGACAGCCCGGAUCAUAUAGGAUCGGUGAUAGACGGUACCGAGGGUAAUCGGAACGUCGUGAGGCGAAGAGGUAAAUACGUGAGUUCGACGGUGGUUAGAAAACGAAGACUCGCGGCGAACGCCAGGGAACGAAGAAGAAUGCAGAAUUUGAACAAAGCGUUCGAUAGAUUGAGAACUUACCUACCGUCUUUGGGUAACGACAGACAGUUGUCGAAAUACGAGACGCUUCAAAUGGCGCAGUCCUACAUCACAGCUUUAUACGAUUUGUUGCAAUGA